AUGGGUGCGCGCACGAUGUUCUCCAAGUUCAAGAGCGGCGGCGGGGCCGCCUCGACCCCAGUGGCGCCCAACGCCCUCGAGUCCAACCCCAUCUGGAACCACUUCGAAGUGGGCAAACAGUCAGCCACAGCCGGGCCCGAGAACGUCUGGCGCAUCCUCGAGGGAUACCGCAAGAGCGACGGCAAGGAGGUGUCAAUAUUUUUAUUCGAGAAGCGUUCGGUGGAGAAGAUCACAAAGCCUAAGAGAAAAGAAACCGUAACGGAGACGCUGCGUGUCGGGGUUCGUCACUUGGAGCGUUUUCGGCAUCCGAAAAUCUUACAGGUGAUUCACGCAGUAGAGGAAUGCCCGGAGACCCUAGCCUUCGCCUCGGAGCCAGUUUUGGCAAGUCUGGCGAACGUCUUGGCAGCCGACGAGCAAAAGCAGGCCGCUGCGAUGGCAGCCCAGGCAGCGGCGGCCUCGUCGACCAUGAACCAUCAUCACGGCCACCAUCAGCACACAGCCAACCAGCAAAACGCCUCGGGCAGACCCACGUUCGCCAAGGAGUACGACAUGCUCGACAUCGAGAUCAAGUACGGGCUGCUCCAGUGCACUGAGGCCCUCUCCUUUUUACACUACAGCUGCCAGGUCAUGCACAGGAACGUCUGCCCCAGCAGCAUCAUGAUCACCAAGAAGGGCACGUGGAAGCUCUUCGGAUUUGAGUUCAUAGAAAGGGUAAACGAGAGAGACGCGAUGGACCCAGUCCCUCUCCCUCAGUGGACCAAUCGAGUACCUAAAAUGACUCAGCCGAAUCUCGACUAUAUGGCUCCCGAAGUGCAGCAGAAGAAGAUCGGCAGCAUCCUCAGCGACAUGUACAGCCUUGGAAUGGUUAUUUGUUCAGUCUUCAAUCACGGCCGGCCUCUCAUCCAAGCGAAUCACAAUGUCAACGAUUACCUCAAACAGCUUGAAACGCUAGAGGAUCAAGUUCACAAACUGCUGCCGCGAGUACCGGUGCCGCUACAGGAGGCCGUGUCGAGGUUGCUGCACAAGGAGCCGAGGCAGAGACCAACCGCCCAGCUCCUCUCUCUGAUCAAGUACUUCAGCGAUCCAUCGGUACAUGCUCUGCAGUUUCUGGACGUCAUUAACAUGAAAGAUCCAGCACAAAAGGCGCACUUUUACAAAAACACGCUCAAAGAAGUACUGCCCUACAUCCCACGAAAACUCUGGUACCAGCACAUCUGGCCAUACUUGCAACACGAGGCUCGCUCCCAAGAGGUGUUUGCAGCGGUGCUGCAGCCGAUGCUUCACAUAAUUCAGCACAGUACAAUCGAGGAGUACGAGAACAUAAUCCUUCCGAACUUUAGGCCGUUGUUCUCGGCGCCGAGGUCAAUCCAAGGCUCAGUUGUGCUGCUCGAGAAUCUCCACAUUAUCCUGGAGAAGACGCCGCUCGAAGACGUGCAGAGGGAAGUGCUGCCCAUGCUGUACAACUCUUUCGAGAGCAACACCAUUCAGAUUCAGACGGCUGCAUUUGUGGCGGUAGCGAACGUAACGGAUUACUUGGAUGACAUGGCGAUACGCAGGACGGUUCUUCCAAAGCUGAAGCUCGCCUUUGAGAAGAGCACGACGGAUCAGCGCAUUCUCAUGAAUGCGCUCUCCUGUAUUCUUGACAGACUGGAAAAGCAGCAGAUCAUCGAUGAGGUGUUGCCGCUGCUCUACGAGGUAAAGCUGCAGGAGCCCGAAAUUAUCGUCAGGGUUGUGAGCAUAUAUAGGUUAAUGCUGAGUGACAAGAAAUAUGGAUUGUCGGUCAACAUAAUGGCGACGCGCGUAAUGCCGUCGCUUCUUCCGCAGACUGUUAAUCCCGGCUUGACUCUCGAGCACUUUACAAAUCUGCUGGAGGUUCUGCAAGAAAUGCUGAACCACAUAGAAAGAAACCAGAGGAACAAGCUAAAACUCGACAAUCUCUCGCUGCCGAGCCCCGAAAGACACCGUCCGUUACGUCAUCAAUACAGCACCGACAACAUGCACGUACCGCCCUUCAAUAUUCCGAACCUGCGUAUCGAUCAAAGAAAGACGUCUUCCGCCGAGGAUAUGGCCCGGAAAAAUUCAAUUGGUUCCAUGUCCAUGACGGCCUCUGCGGAGAACAUGACGUCAAGGAAAAAUUCCAUGGCUUGCAUGCUGGGCACUUGGUGGUUCGGCUCGACGUCGUCGGCGAAUGCCGACAACAACUUCCUGCGCGUGGCCAACACGUUCACGAACCGUCGGCUCUCCGACAACACCCUAAUGACGCCAAAGAUUAGAAUCGCCCCGUCGUGUGCGAGCUCGCCUGGUGGCACGCCCGGGAGCGGUUUGCCCAUACGUAGGCACUCGAGUACCGGACCCCAGGAGCGACGUGGAUCCAAUAUCAAUCUCUCACCUCCCACGGGUGGCGGUAUGCCGAUAACGAGCAGCAGCGUCCCGUACCUUCUGUCCUCGAGCAUGACCAGCAUACGCGGUUCGCGCAGGCCCUCGGUCUCCUCGACCUCGUCCCAGCAGGGCGCCGGACUACUCCAGCAAUUUGGCUCCGGCAUGGUAAGACAACUACCCCCCAUCUGCCUCAACCUGAAUGGACCACCACCACCAACACUCUCUCCAUCACUCCUGCAGCCAUCGGGACAACCUUCCCACUGACCCAUGGUUACAGUUACCAACUGUUCUCUGGACGGUCAUAAGCCCGUGGAGAUACAGAUCGAGCACGAGUCCUCCUCGGUCAUCCUGUGAGAAGGAUCACGGCCAGGAAAUUGGGUCUAAAACGGCUCGUGAUCGAGGUAUAACAAUAACCCACCACGAUAGACACAUCGCGCCGAGCGAUGAGGACUCGCCGCUGGCGGCCGGGAUGAUUGCGAGCGCCGAACGUUAUGAGUUUGUUGGAAGCAAGGGGAGAUAUUGUAUUGUACAUCGUUAUUUAAUUUUUAGUUGGUACGCCGCGUGUGUUAUUGUAAAUGAAGGUUGGCUUAUUAAGUAUAUACUUGGUCUUUGAAACUUUUCAUAUCUACUAUGUAAUACUGUUCUGUAUAAUGAGUAAUCGUAGGUGUGUUUUUUAAAUAAGAAAACCUUUUGUAAUAAUUAAGCAUUUGUUAUCGCACAUUAAUCGGUAUAGCGUUAUAUUGUCGAGUACUUUUUUUACAACUCUUUGAAAAUGCGUAUGAUUAAUUAAUUAUCCGUUAUAUUAUACAUACGUAAUACUUGGAUAAGAAUUUUUAUUUGACGAUAAUUUGUGUCUGUAUGUGUGUGGGUUGGUAGAUAGGUGGGAGGCGCGAAUAUAACGUAAUACAACGUGCAGGAGAGAUUAUAUAUUAUGUAUAGGAGUUCGGCGCGAACGCGUGAAAAAUGGAUUACGAAAGCCUAAUCAAGAGUGAGCUCUUAAUUUUUUGUAUUGUUUGUAAUAAGUUUUGUCAAGACAAUCGAUCGCAGUCGAGCGACAUACAAGUCAUCGCUCGAACAGCCCUUGAACUCUCAUAUUAUACCAAGCGAAUCAAAAACCAAAAAAAGAAGAUGAAGUAUAAGCAGCAGCAGUAGCAGAGGAAAUUCAAAAGCAAAUGAUGAAGAGAAGGAAAAAAAAUUAUUGCGUGGCAAUCGUUAAAUUGUACACCUUGUCAACUUAGAGACAACUAUUCUAGAUUCUAAUUCUAACUGUAAUUUUAUUAGUGAAAACUUAAGUGUAAACGAGGACGCGUCGUGCUGUGUGUCUGGCUGACGUGAACGUGCAGGUGAAACGUUACAAAAAAAAAAAAGAAAAAGAAGGAAGAGGAUGUUGUAUCUAGUGCAAAGGAGUGGCUAUAUAUAUUUCUCCCGUCAAUUGCUCAAUUCUAAUCACUGCAUUCAACAAUCAUUAAUUUUUAAGGGUAGCUUUUAUAUAUGAUAAGUGCGGCGUGGGCGUGUCAAUAUGAUAUGUUGCGUGACGAGGGAAAGAGAGCAAGCGUGUGUGUGCAAGAGAGAGCAUGCUAAUAUGCGAAAGUCAAUCUUUGUCUGUUCUUUCCUUAUGAAUCUGCUGUAUAUUACGCUGUGCAAUCCAAUGGAAAAUUAUGAGCUUUCGGGGGUUUCCUGGAAAAGUUAUCGCGCUCUGACACGAAACAACGAACCCCUGAAGUAGGCAAGCGUCUCGCUCUUCGAAACAUAUUAUAUUCAGCAUCAAAUAUAUAUUUUGUAAAGAAGCCUGAAUCGAUCUCUAAACGAUUUUAAUCGUUUUUCUUUUGGGAAAUCGAAACAUAUCGCAGAAGAAUAUAUCAAAAACGAAUAUAUAAAAAACUGGAAAUACCUUCAGAGAUGUUUGCCUCCCUGAAAACGAGAGUAGCAUUACGCGCUCGUAUAGAAAAGAAAAACACAAGUCUCUAAACUUCUGUAUACUUUCUCUUUCUGUGAUAAAAAAAAGCUAAGACGAUGAACUUCGAUGAUAAUCUUGUUUCCUUCGCCCCGUCCUAAGGUACUGUGUGUCCUAUACAAGCAACACGAUAGGCAGCCCAAGAAGAGGCGGAUGCGGUCAAUGAAGCGAAAAUUGAGUCUCCGCAACUAAGCGUCGGAUAAGCGAUGAUAAUCUUGCGGCGAACUAUAAAACAAUCAAUAACUAUACAUUUUUAAAGACGAUAUCGAGCAAGUAAUAAAGUGCAAAGACCAUCAGUAUCACAUUUGAAAACAAAAAAUAUUCCAGGACGAUUUCCACAAGAAUCGAGGCAAAGCGACGAGAGAAUGACAGUUUUUUGUCUAAAUAAACACACGAUACUGAUUUAAGAUAAACAUCUUUUGUACCUGCAACACAAUAUAGAGAUAUUUAUUUAUCUACUAGAUAUUUACACAGUGUAUAGCUAUAUCGGGUAUAUGCAGCGCGCACUUAUGCCGAAGUACCAUGACAAGGUGAACAAAUAUUUGCUAAAUAUUGUUUCUCCUACAGUGAUAAAAAUAUAUGGAUUAAUUUGGCUUCGGUCAUGAUUUUUUAUUGGCAAAAUUGAGAUACAUUUGAAGCUUAAAGCAGCGCUAUUUUCAACAGAUGUUACUUAUAUAUACCCCGUUGUUGCAACACACGUUUGGAAGUCGUGAGAUUAUUUAAUACUCUACGCAGGCGUAGAAUAUUUAAAAAUAUUUCAACGUAUCAUCUACUACAAGUUCAAUCAUGAGCAAAUCAUUUAUAAGCGUUAUAAACUCGUCACAAAUUUUAAAACAACUUUAAAAUUCACUGCUAAAUUGAUUGUUCGUACAUCUAUAUCGUGAACUGUAAAAAUAAAGUGUCUCAAAAAACAAGACGAUAUAAAUUGUUGGCAAAGAUUGUGAACAGAUAGCAAUCUAUUUUUCGUUGUAUAGCUCCGAACGAAAUAAUAAAGGCAAUCUCAGAAUUUAUGAAGUGAAGAUAUUUUUCUCGAUCGCAAGUUACAAAGAACGAAAAAGCAUAUAUUAUAUUAUACAUAUAAACGAGGAAGUAUAGUGCAAAUUUAAAAGUGAAGACAGUGGCUAAACCUUUAGAAACAAGUUACGUGUACAGUAAAUUUAAAUCGUCAUAGUCCCAAGCUCACAUGAUAUACGCGAACUUCUUCGAUUAAAAAAUAAGCAUUAGUCAUAUUCUUUAUUGUAAUUAUAUAAGUGUGUACGUGUGUGCAUGAGUGAUCCAAAUGUGGAACGAGAUUUUGCAUUGUGACGAUACAAUUUAAAGAGAGAAAGCGAAGAAAAUUCAUUCAAAACUCAUUUUCUUCAUUUUAAUUUUGUUAAAAAUGAUUUAUAGUUUUACUGCCAAAUCGCGUGAGGUUUUCAGUAUUAAAUUUCGAGUGUUACAAUUAAAGCAAUAAACAGCUAUAAUGUUGUCAGUAUUAUGAACGAGAAAACGACAUUUGUCAUUUUUUUCUUUGACUUGCUUACACGAAACUCAUUCAAAAAAUCUCGUUUCACCUGUGUACUCUAAAUAAAUAUGACAAAAUAUAUAAAAUGGGACAAUCGCUACUACAAUGCGUUAAAAUACGUAUAUAUAGAGAAGAGUCGAGGUGUAAGAACACAAUCAUUAAUAAUUAAUGUGAUUAACGUAUACAAUCAUUAACGUUAAGAAUUUUAUUAGUAUCAUUACUUUUCAUUGCUAUCAUUAAUAAGGUAAUAAUCUGCAAUUAUUACGGAUAUACGAAAGAUUAUGAAACAGUAGAUUGAUUGAUGUGACUAUUGGUUUUAAAAAAAGGCGACUAAAAAGUUAAGUGUCCUUAAUGUUAAGAAUGACUGACGCCCUUGGAACGUUCAAGCAAUCAAAAGACGAUCAUUUUAGUAUUCAUUAUUCUCUCUCGUUAAACACUUUUACAGUAGCUACCCUUCAUCAAUAGCAAACAGAGAUAAGAGUUUUUAUUGUCCAAUUUCAUGCAAAUAGGAUUUUCAUAAUAUUUUAUAUUCAUCCAUUGCAAAAAGUAACUUCUAUUUUUUCAUAGCACUAAUAAGUUAACAAACCAUUUGUCGAUGAUACGAUUGCAAAUCAAAGAAAAACGUCUGUGCGCGUCAUUCCAAGAGCGCCAGAAAAAUUACUGUUUUGUCUGAAAUGAAAUGAUUAAGAAAAUAAGUAAUGAUUAAGAUUCACUGUCUAAGCAAUUGACAAUCGAUGAGAUUGUUCGGAAAAAUUUGUCUCUACGCUAUUAAAAUUUGGAAAGCUUUCCGAAUAUGAAAAAAGCUGCACACUGAAAUAAGGAUAAAAUAUAAUGGGUAUAUUUUGUUCGCGGCAAAUGCAAUUUCGUCCAAGAACAAACAAGUAAAAUUGGAAGAGCAUUAUUUAAAUUAAGUGGUACUCCAUUAAAUUUUUUAAUAAUUCUCAAUUUUUUAUAUUAUGACUUAUCCGUUGCAUGUGAGUGAUUCAUUCUUGUAUAUGAGUGACAAUUUCAAAACUUCUUUGAAAGCUUUAACGCGCGCUUUGACUUUCCUCAAAGAAUCAUGCUCUUUUACAAAAGGAAGACAGUCCUUUGAAUUAUUGAUUGCUUCAUAGUUUUCGAACUAAACAAAAAACUAAUAAAAUCUUUUAACAACUCUGUGGUCUUCGUAAAUAAAAAAAUUUCAAAUGUCCUAAGAAAUUAGGGUCGUCUUCUCCGAUUUUAAGAAAGUAAUAGAAUUUUUUAUUAUACUUUUAAUAUAAUUAGUCGAAUACAAACUUUAGGCUGAAAUUUCAAAGACUUAAAUAUAUGAAUGUGCGAUUGUAGAAUAGCGUGAUUAACAUUAAGAUGCAAAGUCUUUCCUGCAUUAUACACGUGUAUAGUUUAUGCAGAUUCUAAACAAAGCAAAGCUAGUAGGUCUGGUCGUUAUUUGAUAAUUGUUGUAAAAAUGUAGAUCUAAAGCCAUGUAGAAACCGACAAUCAGUCUUUUAUGCACGGAAAUCUAAGUACAAUCAGUGUAGGAGAAGUGUUUAAAAAAUUAUUUCCUUAAAUUUUUUCAAAACAUUAGUCAAUCAGAGCCUAAUAGAUCUCCAAAGUAUUGAGUGCAAGAAAUAUAAUGCAGCAGUCUAAUUUUAUAAUUUUCAAUUUGCUGCGAUUAGUUUGUAUGCAAACAAUGGUGUACUAUAGAUUUUUUUUAUAAAAACUUUAUAGCCAUUACAGUGUAAGCAAAUAGGACCAAACCUACUUGAAAGUCCGUUUCUCACAAUUCUGUUUAUGAUUUGAAUUAAACAUUGUACUGUAUGUAACGUGUAUAAUUAUAAACCUUUAACAUUGUAUAGGGGAAAAAAAUAAGCAGAAGAAAUAAAAAAUUAUCAUUAAAUUGUAUACAUAGCUGAAGACGCGUUUACGAACGCCGACGAAAGUCUUAAAUUAGAUGAAACAAAAAAAGAAACAAUUAUUAGAGAUAUAUCAACUUCGACUCUCGACACUUUUUGUAUUACGUAAAAUAUAUUAUAUAUGUAUAAUGAAACAAAAGAGAAGAAAAUUAAAAUUAAUUAAAAGUAAAUUGAAAAAAGAUUAUGCAGAGCAAGAUGUGUAAUAAUAAACAAAGGGCGAAGAUAAGAUAACAUUUGCGCACAGAAGAAUUUUUUUCCAUUUCUAGAUGCGUUUAAAGAGCCUUAAAAAGUGUGUAACUGAUCCAGGCAAGUGAAAAAAUGUAAUAUGACGAAUGAAGCUGAUGAAACGAAACAUUGACAAUCGUUAAAUCAAGCGUAUUAAUCCACAAUGACAAAGUUUCCCGUUUGAAAAAGGUGGACAAGUGGAUUUCAAUAGGAAUUCCAUUCGAUUCUCUUUCUAUUGACGCUGAGAAACUUUGUCAGAGUACUGCGACGAACAGAAUAAGGUUUGCUAAUCGUUUACCACUUCCAGAGUAAAUAAAUUGUCCGAAGAAACAUUUACACCUCUGCAAUAUACCGAAACAUCGGCACUUCGGUAUCCUGUGUUUGCUUGACUCAUUGCUAUACUACGUAUAUAAGGUAAACGAGCAGCGAAUUUUGGAAUAUAAAAUCAAAUACCGCAUAUCUAACUGUAAGAAACAUGAAAGAGAGAGAGAAACGAUUAUUUUGAAGUAAAUGUUACUAUAAUGUAAAAUGUUCUACUGAGGAUUUUUCCCGUCGAUCUUAUGUGAACAAAGUAUACUGAGAGCAAAAAAAAAUCUACGACCCAAGGUUUGUGAGAAAGCGUAUAAUUGGGAGAUGGCGAAGAGAAUAAAAUAAACGACCUAAUUUUACGUUUCGCAUUGCCUUAUAACGCGGGAUAUAAGAUAAACGGAAUAUAAGCAGACGACUCCCCAGACGUAUAGCAUAUAUACGGAUAUAUUUUGUAAAAUGCAAAUGAAACGCCUAAAAGAAAAGUUAAUUGCGGCACGGAAAUGCUAUAUAAAGAGGGAUUAAUUAUAAAUUUUAUUCUGCUGUGCAAUUCCGACAUUAUAAAAAGCAAAGGCACGACAUGUGAAUGACUUUAACAGAGAUUGCAUAAAUAUUAUGUCCCCAAAAUAAAAAAAAAAGUCACUUGACUAUAUUGUACACAUAUUUAGGAUAAAUAAUGCAAUGAAUGUACGAUAUCUAAUAAAUGUGUUCUGCACCAA